AUGAUGAAGACUGUUCUUUUGUGUGUGGUAUACACAUUUGUCUCAGUGUCAGCAGCACCAUUACUCCUCAACAAAGACCUUUUGACUAAACGGAACCCAGGUGUUGCUACCCUCACCCAUGCCUCGUACAGAGAAACCACAAGAACAGGCAUGGCUGAUGAAGGUUAUGUCAGAUACUUGUAUAUGGUCCCAACUACUGCUCAGAAAUCUUACCUUGAAGACGGUGUAGCCUCAGGCCCUCUACUACACACUCCAGUUGUACACAGGAAUCUGACUCCAGACUAUUCUAGAGGUGAAGUCAUGACCGAGAUGGUUGGUGUUUCAGACUGCAGGAAAUGGCACGCUGUUCUCGUCGGCCUUUGGAAUGGAGCUGUCCAAACUUACUUGUAUUUUACAGGUGUUAAGACUGAUGAUGGUAAGUGGAAAUGGACCCCCUACACCAACUUACAAGAACUUGUUGACUUCGUUCACGGCAUGCUCCCAGGUGAAAAAUUCAAGGCUUUGGUUAGGAAGGGUGUUGGAGCUCAUGAAUUUUUCCUUAAGCUCUUUACUUCAUAUGCUUAA